CGUAAAGCCUUUCGACCAAAAAUCGAUAUGUUCGGUUUAUGUGUCCGUGUAUGUAGUUCAUAUCAAAAAUGGCGUACAACUACUUUUUAUUGGUUAGAAAUGGUCAAAUACUUUUCAGGACAUUUUCUGUAUUUAGAAUGUAUUCAAAUAGUUCUAAAUGCGGUGUCACAUGUAAAGGACUGCACAGACUUAGUUUACAACCACAGUUUCAUCAGAUAUUUCGUAAUUAUGCUUUUAAGUCGGACCUUAAAAUAAAGUGGGUUCGUCCACCUAAAAUUCCAUGUAUUAAACCAGAAAAGAGUGGAGAUUUGGCUCUGCUUCCAGCUGUGGAUAAGAAUCAGUAUCCAUUAGAAUUCCAGAAAUCAGAGGAAUUAAAAACAGCUGAUAAACUCGUUAGGAGAGUUUUUUCUCUUGAAUUCUUUCCAAGACAACAUUCAAUGAAAAUUCUAAGGAUUGAAAUGAUUAACAGUGUCAAAAGACAUGCAUUAGACGGGGGAUCAAGUGAAAGCAAAAUUGCGCAAAUGACUGCUGACAUACGAAACUUCCAGCAGUUAAUGGAAGAAUUUCCAAGGGACAAGCGCUGCAAAGUUCAACUCAAGGAGCUUAUUGACCGUCGUAAGAAAUGGCUAAAGUUCCUCAGAAAAUGGGAUUACAAACGUUUCGAGUGGUUGUUAGAGAAACUUGACUUAGUCUAUAAGCCAGCCCCAAGUGAAUUUCAUUGGAUAACACGAAAGGAUUCAUUGCGGAAACUUACAGACAAGCAUUGUGCUGAAGUAAGGCAGCAAAGACUAGAUGCCUACAGGGCGAGUUUAGAAGGACAGCAGGUUGACUUCCUACGAGAAAAAGCAAAAAAAUUGCAGUGGAUUCGUAAUGAGGAGCAAGAGUGUGGUGUGGAGCCAACGGUCAGUGAGGCAGAUAUUGAAAAUGUUUUGAAACAGUUAAAAGAACUUCAACUUUCUAGAGAACAAACAUUGAAGGAUGAAGUAAAGUUGUCUGUACUAUGAUUAUCAGACUGUUGCCAUUUUGUGAAAAGUAAAAGUGAAUAAAUAGUACAGGUAUGACUGUACUUAUCAUUGUACUAGUGUAAUGCCUGUUCAAGUUUUAAAUGGGAAAUGUAUUAUUACAUA